GAAAAAAAUGCCUAUUGUAUUGUAUGUCAAAUCGUUCGUAUCAAAAGAAUUCCAUUAAAUUAGGAUUCUGUUUAAAAAAUACCUCGUUUUUCGAUUCAGUAUAAAUAUUUAAGAAUAGGGAGAUUAUAAACUUGUAUGUGCUGUGCCUAGAAAUGCAUAACAUAUGUGAUAUGUUUAGUUAUUUAAAAAGUGCAAUGUAUUUUUAAAUUUAUCUUUUAUUCCGCGAUUUAUUUGCGAUUGUGGCGUUUAUGUGUCCUAUUUAGAGGUCAAUAACUUUCUCAUACAAACUUUGUAUUUUAAAAUAAAUGGAAUGAAUUAAUAAAGAAUUAAUAAUGGAUACUCCAAGCGAAACGACGGAAAUUUUGGACAAAGAAAAACCACAAGAACCGGGGCCGGAUCUUGUGGCGGUGCGGGUGCCAAUCAAUGGCAUGACAUGUCAGUCUUGCGUGCGGAGCAUCGAGGAAUCCGUACGUGAACUGUCCGGCAUCCAGCAAGUCAAAGUGGAGUUAUCUGAACACGCAGGAUACUUCAGAUAUGACCCUCGCCUGUGUUCUGUGGAGGCGAUCCGGUCUCAUAUAGAGGAUAUGGGGUUCGAAGCGCCGGUUGAUAGCAACGACGAAGAAUCGAGGAAUCUUCUCCCGCGCGAGAUACCAACAGAUUUGCUGAUAGAUAUGACGAGCUCGAAUCCGCCCAGCGUCAGCUCAGUGCUGAUCUCCGUUAUUGGGAUGACAUGUCAGUCCUGUGUUAAUACUAUCGAAGGUAGCCUUACGGAGAUGCCAGGCGUGGUCCACACCACUGUCAGUCUGUCUGACAAUACAGCGCUAGUGAAAUACACGCCGGCUUCGAUAACCCCUAAACAAAUAGCUGACGCCAUAUAUUCGCUGGGCUUUGAUGUGACCAUCGUCAGUGUUAACGACGAACAAGUGAAAGAAUCAUCACAGAUUAAAAACGAAGAAGGAUCGGGAGAUCGUGUCACUGCAUCGCCCCCCAAAAGUAGGACACAACAGAAUGGAAUAUCAGUCCAAGGGGAGAUAUCGCGCUGCACGCUCGAGGUGCGCGGGAUGACGUGCGCGUCGUGCGUCGCCGCCAUAGAGAAGCACUGCGCCAAGUUGAACGGUGUCCAUUCGAUCGUUAUAGCACUUUUAGCGGCCAAAGCGGAGGUUCGCUAUGAACCAGCUAAGAUAUCGGCCCUAGCGAUAACAGAUUCGAUAACCGAGCUGGGCUUUCCGUCUGAACUUAUCAGCGAUAGCGGAGCGCCGAGGGAUUUAAAUUUAUCUAUAAAAGGUAUGACGUGCGCCUCGUGCGUCAACAAAAUAGAGAAAUCUGUACUUAAAAUGAACGGCGUUGUUUCCUGUUCAGUGGCCCUCACCACAUGCAAAGCGAAAAUUAAAUAUGAUCCAGAAUUAAUAGGGGCUCGUAAAAUAUGCGACGCCGUGAACGACCUCGGGUUCGACGCGACCGUUCUCAGCUCGCAGAACCGCAGCAGCACCGACUACUUGGAGCACAAAGAGGAGAUAAGGAAGUGGCGCGGCGCGUUCCUCAUCUCGCUGAUCUUCGGCGCGCCGUGCAUGGCGCUGAUGGCCUACUUCAUGUGGGCCAUGGACCACUCCGCCGCAGACAUGUGCUGCGUGCUGCCCGGACUCAGCCUCGAGAACCUGCUCAUGGGACUGCUGGCCACGCCCGUGCAGUUUAUCGGCGGGUGGCAUUUCUACAAACAAGCGUACAAAGCUCUGAAACAUGGCACCUCUAAUAUGGACGUACUUAUAUCUAUGACUACGACAAUAAGUUAUGCCUAUUCGCUAGCCGUCGUGAUAGCAGCGAUGGCCUUGCAGAAAGACACGAGCCCCCUCACUUUCUUCGACACGCCGCCCAUGUUGCUGGUCUUCGUGUCCUUGGGGAGAUGGUUGGAACACAUAGCUAAGGGUAAAACAUCCGAAGCACUGUCGAAGCUGUUGUCCUUGAAACCGACGGAGGCUGUCCUCGUGACCGUGGAUCAGGAAGGUCGGGAGGUCAGCGAGAAGAACAUACCCGUCGACUUAGUUGAGCAAGGAGACGUUCUUAAGGUAGUACCCGGAGCGAAGAUACCCGUUGACGGUAAAGUUAUAUCUGGGCAGAGCACGUGUGACGAGUCUUUAAUAACCGGGGAGUCGAUGCCGGUCACGAAGUCUAAAGGCUCGCUGGUGAUCGGCGGCAGCAUGAACCAGCACGGCGCGCUGCUGCUGCGCGCCACGCACACGGGCGACGCCAGCACGUUGGCGCAGAUCGUGCGCCUCGUGGAGGACGCGCAGGCCAGCAAGGCGCCCGUGCAGCGCCUCGCCGACACCAUCGCCGGGUAUUUCGUUCCGAUGGUGGUGUUCCUCUCGAUACUGACCCUGGUCUGCUGGAUCAUCAGCGGAGCUAUCAACAUCGACAGGAUUAAAGAUAUAACGCCGGAGAUGUACCGGGAUUCAGGGUUCACGGAGUGGGAGCUGAUCGUGCAGACGGCGUUCCACUUUUCGCUGUCAGUGCUGGCCAUCGCGUGUCCGUGCGCGCUGGGCCUGGCCACGCCCACCGCUAUCAUGGUGGCCACCGGCGUGGGCGCCAGGCUCGGCCUGCUCAUCAAGGGAGCGGAGCCCUUGGAGAACGCGCACAAGAUUAAAACAGUUAUCUUCGACAAGACUGGUACGAUCACACGAGGCAGUACAACCGUCGCAAGAGUUUCACUACUAACGGGCGAGCCGUCGAUGUUACCGGAAGUACUGGCUUGCAUACUCUCCGCCGAAUUAAACUCGGAACAUCCCGUUGCUUCCGCGAUAGUUCAAUGGUGUUCUGGAGUUGUGGGUGAUGCACGGGCCACUUGCAGCGGGUUUGCAGCCGCGCCUGGUUGCGGGUUGCGCGCUAAGAUUACUCUAAGGAAUGAUUUUCAACAAUCGCCUCAAUUAAAAGCAGCUUUAGCAAACGCGAGGGAAGGUUCAACGAUCGAGCUGCACGGAGUCCCGGUGGAGGUGGUGGGCGGGCAGGGCGACGCGGCGCUCCGCUCGGCGCAGGCCGCCGCCCGCCUGCACGCACUCAUCCCCGCCACUGGAGACGUGGUCGAGCAAAUAGUAUUAAUAGGUAAUCGUGAAUGGAUGGCGCGGAACGGGGUCUCCGUGCCGCGAAGAGUUCAGGAGACGCUGCAGAGGGACGAGGAACUCGGACGAACCGCUGUAUUGGCGGCUAUCAAUGACCAACUAGUGUGUACGAUUGGCGUAGCGGACGAGGUGAAGCCGGAAGCCCACCUCGCAGUCUACUGCCUCAAGAAGAUGGGGCUGGAGGUGUGUCUUCUCACAGGAGACAAUAGAAAGACGGCUGUAGCGAUAGCGAGACAGGUCGGUAUAAACAAAGUGUACGCGGAGGUGCUGCCCUCCCACAAGGUGGCCAAGAUACAGAAGCUUCAAGAGGAAGGGCAGAAAGUUGCCAUGGUGGGCGACGGCGUGAACGAUUCCCCGGCGCUGGCGCAGGCGGAUGUGGGCGUGGCCAUCGCCAGCGGCACCGACGUCGCCGUCGAGGCCGCCGACCUCGUGCUUAUGCGGAAUGAUCUCCUGGACGUGGUGGCGUGCCUCGAGCUGUCGAGGACUACGGUGAGGCGGAUUCGGCUGAACUUCCUCUUCGCUUCCGUCUACAAUCUGCUCGGUAUACCGCUCGCGAGCGGGGCCUUCGCCGCUUACGGCCUGCAGUUACAGCCGUGGAUGGCGUCAGCAGCCAUGGCGAUGAGUUCCGUAUCAGUUGUUUGCUCAAGCUUAUUACUUAAAACUUUCAAAAAACCGACAGCUGAACAGCUGAGGACGCCUGAAUAUCUCCAAUCAAUACAUAUAGAGGAAUUGGACUCGGUGUCCGUUCAUCGAGGCUUGGACGAGAAGGUGGACCCCAUUGAUAGGACGUCGCCAUUAGCCAAAUUACUCUACCGCAGUAAAUCAGCAAAUGGAUGUCUAUUGCAAGAAGAGGAUGACAUGCUGACAGUAUCGUUCAUACCGAAACGACCGACGAGGGACGCGCCCAGCUUAAACGGAUAACUUCUAGAAUAAACUCCAAUGGCAGGAGGAAAAAUAAACAAACCUUAUAUUUAAAUAUUCCAUGCGAUUCGCAAAUAUCUCUGCUUUAUUAUGUGAUACAAACAGGUCGCGAUUAAUAUUUCUUUAUUUAUAAUACAACACUGUUCCACUUAACUACUUAUUUGACGAGCCGGUUGGCGUGGUUGGUAGUUACUUGCCUUUCACGCCGAAGGUUGUGGGUUCGAUUCCCACCCAGGACGGACAUUUGUGUGCAUGAACAUGUCUGUUUGUCCCGAGUCGGGGUGUAAUUAUCUAUAUAAGUAUGUAUUUACAAAUGAAAAAGUAGUAUAUGUAGUAUAACAGUUGUCUGGUUUCCAUAGUACAAGCUUAAUUUGGGAUCAGGUGGCCGUGUGUGAAAAAUGUCCCAGGAUAUUAUUAUUAUUAUUAUAUCCACUUUAAUUUGACUUCCAGUAUUCCAGUAAUUUGUCUUUGGGUACCACAGAUUAUUUAAGAUGUCGACUUAUGUCAUGUUUAUUCAAGAUCAAAGUCGUUUAUCAUUUCUCCUCUUGUCAUUUGCAUAGAUUAUAUUCGGAAAGAUUUGUAAGCACAAUCGAUUAUAAUUCAAGUGUUGCCGCCAAAGAAAUAGUUGACAUAUGCAGCUGUUUCCAAUUCUUCAAAAUGACAAUUCGUGAUAAUUGUUGACAACAUAAAAUCGGUUCCUUUGUGUAAUCGUAUUUUAUUGGGACGCUUCGUUUAUAAUCGUACUCGUAAGCGAAACGAAUCGUUUCAUGAUUAUAGUGACCGAGUUCGUGUUUUGAGAAAAUAUACCAAUUUUCCUUCCUUAGAGACACAUUGAUUAUGUUUUAAAGUAAAUUUGUCUAAGAAUUAAACUCGUUGUUUUGAUCUUCAUUUAAGUUUUUUACAAAUUAUAAUGUUUAUUUUUCACGUCAAAUAUUGAAAUUUCUUAUAUAUUUUUGUACGUUAUCGAGUUUUUUUUUAAAUUGGUGGUAUUUUUUCUCGAAUUAGUAUUUUUUUUUAUAAUUUUGCUUAAUGAAUAUGGUAUGUUUUGACGUUUUUUUUUAAUUAAACCAAUAUUUGACGUGCCAUUUAUAUACAUAUAUUGUAUAAAAGUAAAUAGAAAUGUAAAUGAAUACUAUGUACAUAAUGAUGUUUAAGGGAGCACAAUUAUUUAUAUAAUUAAACUAAAAUUAUGUAUAAUUUUUAACGAUAUUAAAAGAAAAAAAUAAAUACGGCUUUACUAAAAAUGUGAUUUAGGGGUUAUGUUAAGUUAAACGAUGCUGUCUCCUUCUUUCGAAUGUCAAAUCAAUGGUGACAGAAAGUGAGAAAUCAAUGUUUAACUGAACAGCCGGUAAAUAACGUUUUUAAAUAAAGCCGAUAAUGUAAUGAGUGCUAAUUAUGAGUCAACUUUUAUGUCGUGAGCCAAUUCUCAAGGGUUGUCGCAAAAUAUAGUAUUUUUUUUUAAAUAAAACUUUUCUAAUAUUUCUUACAAUAAAAAAUAAAAUAUAACUUUGUAAAUAAUAAAUCAUUUGUAAGUGUGUUAUUUUCGGUGUAACGAGCCCUAACUUGCGUUCGACUGCGCCCAUUUUGAUUCGGUUGACUCACUAUGUCCGACUGUUUAGAGACGGGUUCCUGAAGGAUCGGUCAUCGAAUAUAAAUCCAUUGUCCUGACAACGGAUAAUAAUAAAAAUAUAAUUAUAUCAACUUAAAACAACAAUACCAAAAAAAUUAAAACGCCGUUACUGGGCUACGUCAAUUGUUUAUGUUUGUAGUGCAACACGGGUCGUGACCAACAUACAGACGUCAGGGUUGCAUUCUCUAAGCAGAUGGACAUAAAUGGCAUUUAUUACGCUACGAUAUAACUUUAAUAAAGUAAUUCGUGAGUAAUGAUUGACUGAAACAGACAUACAAGAUUUGCAGAAACAGAACGCGUUUUAUAUUGAUUUUGGUACAAAAAUGCUAAAUGUAAUAAUAUAGAAUAUGUUAUUUUUAUAAGUCUAGUGAAUAUUAUUAUUUCAUUUAUGUUAAAAUUUAAUCAAAAUCGAUAUAGGCAUCUAUUAAAAAACAAGUUAACCGAGGCUAACAUAGCUUUAUUUUAGGAAUACAUUAAAUAUAUAAAACGUUGCCCAUAUGUGUCUUUUUUACCUUUUUAAUCUGUAUUAAAGGAUAAUAUGUGUGCACAGAUAAUAUAAAAAAAAUCUUAUAGUUA